GAAGAUGCCCCACAAGCACACUUGUCCAAGCACUAGCAAAUUGGAGCAGAAUUGCAUGGCAACUAGUGCAUGGGUAAGGGAUAGGGUGACUGAAAAAUUGAAGAAAGACUCUACGAUUGGGGCUGCAGCCUUGAAAAGGUGGUUGGAAGAGAAGUACUGCAUUAAGUUGUCUUAUUAUGUUGUGUGGGAUGGCAAGGAGAAGGCUCUGGAUGACAUACUUGGUAGCUGGGAGGAUAGUUUUGACCAUGCUUUUUCCUUUAAGGCAGAAUUAGAGAGCAAGUGUCCUGGUAGUGUUGUGGAGGUGGAGUAUGAGAAAAUUAAUAGGAAUCAUAGAUUUACCAGGAUGUUUGUUGCUUUGAAGCCUUGCAUAGAUGGAUUUCUAAAUGGUUGCAGACCAUACCUAGGCGUUGACUCUACAGCUCUUACAGGUAAAUGGAAGGGUCAAUUAGCAGCUGCAAUUGGGAUAGAUGGGCACAAUUGGAUGUUCCCUGUAGCUUAUGGUGUAUUUGGAAGUGAGACACUUGAAAAUUGGGAGUGGUUCAUGAAAAUGCUGCACAAAGCCAUUAGUUCACCCAUAGGACUUGUCUUGUCUACAGAUGCUGGGAAGGGGAUAGACAAAGUAGUCACAAAUGUGUUUGAAAAUGGUGUUGAACACAGGGAGUGCAUGAGGCAUUUAGUUAAAAAAUUUUAAAAGAGAUAUUCUGGAGAAGUAUUUCAAAGGCAUUUGUGGCCUGCAUCAAGGGUGUACAGAGCUGAGCUUUUUGAAGCACACUACAACACCAUGAAGGAAGCAUGUCCAGAGUCAAUGAAAUGGAUUGAGGAAAAUCACAAGCACUUUUAGGCAAGGAGUAUGUUCUCUACCUAUAGAAAUAUCGACUAUGUUACAAACAACAUUGCAGAGGCAUUCAACAAUUGGAUUAGAGAUGAGAAAUCACUUCCUGUCAUUGAUCUUAUGGAUAGGAUUAGGCAGAUGAUAAUGGAGAGAUAUUUCACAAGGGCAAGAAUUGCUGAAAAGUUAACAGGAAAGAUCCUUAAGACUGUUGUCAAAGAAAUGAAUGACAAGAGUAUGAAUUUGAAUUACAAGCUACACAAAAGUCAUCCAUUUAUUGGUGAAGUGAGUGGAGUUGACAAAGAUCUAAAAGUUUGGAGGCACAUUGUCGAUCUGAAAGCUCAUGAAUGCUCCUAUCGGAAAUGGCAGAUGAGAGGCAUACCUUGCUCACAUGCUAUCAGCUACAUUUGUUCUUGGAGAGAGUUAGACCUAGAGGAUUUUGUAAGGCCAUAUUAUUCAGUUCAGAUGUUUAAGGCAGCUUAUGCUACUUGGGUGCCAGGAUUGCCUGAUAAGAGCAUUUGGAAGAAGGUGAACAUGGGAUUCAAAUUGCUGCCUCCCAUACUAAAGAGAGCUGCUGGUAGGCCAAGGACUAGGAGGUAUAAAGGUGUCGAAGAAGGUGGUUCAACCAAAAGGAGGGCUAAGUGCAAAAGAUGUCAAGGGUUUGGACACUUGCAAAAAACUUGCACUGAGCCUGUACCUGACCCAGAUGCUCCUCCUCCUGCACCACCCAAGCCAAAGCGUGCAAGGAAGAAGCCAAAGAAGGUCCAUGUCACUACCGCCCCUGAAGCAUCUAAAGAUGGCCCUGCUGCACCUACCAAGUUAAGGAAGAAAAUUAAAAAAGUGCAUGUUGCCACUGAAGCAUCUAAAGAUGCCCCUGCACCUACCAAGUUAAGGAAAAAAACUAAAAAAGUGCUUGCUGCAUCUGAAACAUCUAAAGCUGUCCCUGCUGCAUCUAAUGCUCCUGAAGCAUCUAUAAAAACACCCCAACGUCAAGUACCUUCACUGGACCAUUAAGAAAUGGGCUUGACAACUAGCCCUGGAAGUCCUCUUACAAGGGCGAGAAAGGCACUCCUACUAGCCAUAAACCAUCAAGAAAUGGGCUUGACAACUAGCCCUGGAUCUCCUCUAACUAGGGAGAAGAAGGCACUACCGUUGGGCAAACAAAAUUGAAGUGCAUGUGCUGUUUACUUUUUCCUUUCGAUUAUGGCUGAACUUGUAUGGCUUAUCAUGUAUGGCUUUAGAACCUUAUUAUGGCUGCUAGCAUGUAUGGACUUUUAGCCUUGCAAUGUCUGCUAAAUGUAUCAAUAUUAGCCCUUUAAUGGCUCUGAACAUAUAUGAAUUAUGAAACUAUGA